GACCAUUACAGUCGUGUCUUUAUCCACUUCUUGGUCCCAUAGGCUCUACCGAGCCUUCCAUCUAGUACAAUGGCUCACUCCGAUACUUGGUCUACAAAAACCAACCGUCUAUCUGUCAAAAGCAGUUCUCGUUCCAAGAAAUCUAAGGAGAAAGUGGAAUCGCAAUCGAGAACAAAAUCCAGUUCACCUGACAAUGUAACACAAGACACUUCCCCCUCGCAACCCAUUGAUGAGGGAUAUUACUCAUUUGAAAGAGCGUCAAAAUACGCCGCAGACCCUAUAAAUCCUAACCCGGGAUACGAACAUUCGUCAGCAAAGGAAAGUAUGAACUCCCAUAAAGCCGAUAUGAGACAGUAUCUCGAACGCUACGAUGAUACCUGGAGCCACGUCUCGCAAUAAACCGAACAUAACACUAAAAUGCAAGAGCGGGAAAGAGGCGUCAGAAUUUGGGAUGAAUAAGAAGGGCCGAAUUAUCAACCUAUCGAAAACUGGUUGACACUUGGCUAGUAGUGUCCGGAUAUGCAAUAACACCUUCAAUUCACAUGGCUGCCAUGUUUCUUUCUUGGUUGCAGAAGAUCAUCGGAUACGACUGCAACUGCACCACGUUUUACCCCUUCAUUACCCCAAGCAACACGAUUACCACACACAUGAAACUUCGGCCAAGAACUCUCGGCGGAUAGCAGCUUUUGGUCCCUCCAUACCACCAAUCAUGCAUAUAGCUAUGGUUAGCAAUAAGGCUGACUACA